CCGUCGGCUUUGGCGUCGGAAAACUGUGGGGCCUGGAAGGAUGCUUGAUAUGGCUACCUGGGUACAGUCCUGUUUGUCGCAUAUCCCGACAGUUUACCGAUCAACACCCUGGGCCCUCUGGGUUCCUCUGAGUUCACUUAACUUGAGCAACACUUGCAGCCUGCCAACAUGGAUCGCACCUUUUGUUCAUCCACCGCAACCCAACCAUGUCCUUCCCCAGCGCAACACCAGACUGGAACAACCGCCAUGUCCUCCACCGAAACACACUUCCUGCCCGCGCGCACUUCUUCUCGUACACGAGCGAAAACGCCGCCCUGACCUUGAACCGCGAGGCAAGCGAAUACCGGUCGCUCAACGGCACUUGGAAAUUCAGACAUGACUCGUCCCCGUUCCAGGUCCCCGACUGGGAGGACGAAGACCCGUCUUCUUCCUGGGGCGACAUUGCUGUCCCUGGAAUGUGGCAGCUCCAAGGACACGGCCGUCCGCUGUACUCAAACGUCAAUUACCCAUUCCCGGUUGAUCCUCCAAAUGUGCCGCAUCUGAAUGAGACGGGAUCCUACUGGCGGGAAUUCGAUGUUCCUGCGAAAUGGUCCCAGCAGCAAGUGCGGUUACGAUUCGAAGGUGUUGAUAGUGCGUUUCAUGUUUGGGUCAAUGGGCAUGAAAUCGGAUAUAGCCAAGGAAGCCGCAAUGCCACCGAGUUUGAUAUUACACAGUAUCUCCAGGCUUCCCGCAACACCUUAGGGGUGCGUGUUUACGAGUUCUGUGAUGGGUCGUAUCUCGAGCGCCAGGAUCAGUGGCUGCUCUCUGGCAUCUUUCGUGAUGUUUAUUUGCUCUCGUUUCCUGUUGAGAGUGUAGUUGAUUUUACCACAUUUCCUGACUUGGACGAUACGUUCACCCACGCCACUCUCCAUACCAGGGUAAUUGUGCAGGGUCAAGAGCCCGGGCCAGUCGCUAUGAAGCUCUAUUGUCCGGACGGAGCACUAGUUGCUGAAAACAAUAUCAAGCCCUGCGAAACGAGCAGGAUUCACGUGUCCGGAUCAGCCCUCAGACUCUGUUCGGCCGAGGAUCCAGCCUUGUACACCCUUACCAUAUCAUACAAAGGCCGUGUCAUUCCUCAGCGCCUGGGAUUCCGACGAUCCGAACUGCGCGAUGGCAACAUCCUGAUUAAUGGAAAACCGGUGAUUUUUUACGGCGUCAACAGGCACGAGCAUCACCCGCGUUUUGGUCGAGCGGUUCCAUACGAUUUUAUGCGGGCGGACCUCAUUCUAAUGAAGAAGAGCAAUAUCAACGCAGUGCGUUGUUCGCACCAACCAAAUGAUCCAAGGCUCUACGAGGUCUGCGACGAGCUGGGAAUCUAUGUUAUGGCGGAAGCAGAUCUCGAGACCCAUGGCUUUCUCCCAAUCGAGAGGAACAAGAUACCACCUGAAGAGACGCUCUCCAUGACGCGUACACAGGUGAUAAUCCGAGCCUUUGAGAUGUCGGCUAACUGGGCUUCCAACAACCCAGACUGGCGCGGGGCAUAUCUCGACCGCGCUGAGCAACUCGUUGGCAGGUUCAAGAACUUCUCGUCAAUCAUCAUGUGGUCGUUGGGUAAUGAGGCCUCGUACGGGAGGAAUAUUGCCGACAUGUACCACUGGGUAAAGGAGGUGGAUCCUACUCGUCCUGUGCACUAUGAGGGCGACCGCCAGGCGCUCACGGCGGACUUGUACAGUGUCAUGUAUAUGCCCGUGGAUGACCUCAGAAAGCUUGCUCGAGAGAGAACAGACAAACCAUUGAUCCAAUGUGAAUAUGGUCAUGCAAUGGGCAACGGGCCGGGUGGAUUGACCGACUAUAUCAAGGCGUAUCGAACCGAGAACCAACUGCAGGGAGGAUUCAUAUGGGAGUGGUGCAAUCAUGGCCUCCUCAAAAAGGAAGGUGAAAUUGAAUAUUGCGCUUAUGGUGGAGACUUUGGCGACUAUCCAAAUGAUGGUGACUUUGUCCUGGAUGGCUUAAUCUGGUCUGACCAUACUGAGGCGCCCGGUUUGACCGAGUACAAGAAGGCCAUUGAGCCUAUCACGGUUUCUUUGGCCGGGGAUGGCCGAAGGAUAGCAAUUGAGAAUCACUACGACUUUAGCGAUUUGAGUCACCUCACGGCGACGUACCGACGUGUGGGGGAAUCCGGCAGCAGCGAGCCCACCGUCCUGCGUCUGCCACGCAUUGCCGCAGGUGAGUGCGGUAUCAUUGAUAUGCCCUCGUCGCUCAACAUUGGUUCCCAGCAGACGUGGAUGGAGAUUAGGUUCUGCCUCAAGGAACAGACCACGUGGGCGCCUAGGGGGCAUGAGAUUGCCUGGAGCCAGUUGCCGUUGUACAACACGGACCAGGCUUUGUCUCUUCCCAUGCGCAUCUCAAUAAGGCACGGAGAAGCGAGCGUCCGAGAGCUACCAGGACGGCUAGUUGUCAACUUUCCAGCCUCACAAACAUUCUUUAACAUCGACCUGGUGCGCGGAAACAUAACAUGGUUGAGCAAGGGGAAAAUCAUAUUAAGCAAAGGCCCUGAGCUUGGAAUCUAUCGCGCGCUCACACAAAAUGACCUCGGCGCCCGCGGCAACGGGAUUGAAUGGAAGAAGCUCUUCCUCAAGGAUGCCAAAAUGCACGUCAAAAAGGCGUGCUGGGAAAUAGUAGAAGAUGGAUCCGUCACGCUUAGUCUCUCUGUGCGCGUCGCACCCCCAAUACUCGAAUGGGCAUGCAACGCAACCAUGACCUUUAACAUUACACCAACUGCUUUGGGCAUCAGAAACAAAGGGUCCUUCUCCGGGCGGCACCCCAAGCUUAUCCCCCGUAUCGGCCUCACAAUGUCCCUCCCCAGGGUUUAUAACCAAGCCACUUGGUUCGGUCGCGGGCCCGGCGAGUCCUAUCGGGACAAGAAGGAGUCUGCGCGCUUCGGGACCUGGGGCGCAUCUCUAGACCAGCUACAAACGCCGUACGAGUGGCCGCAGGAGAACGGGAACCGCACAGACGUGUUCUGGGCGCGGUUCAACGGCGCUGACACUGAUACUGACUGCGAAGUGCCUCCAGUUCUCGAGGCGCGCAUGGAGAAGCCGUUUAGCUUUUCGUUCCGAAAGCAUACGAUCGAGGAACUGGAUCGGGCGAAGCAUCCGCAUGACCUCGUAGAGGCCCAGGAUACGAUUCUGAACGUGGAUUAUCUGCAGCACGGGCUGGGCUCUGGGAGUUGUGGGCCGCCGCCGUUUGAGCAGUACUGUUUGGCUGCGUCGGACUUUGACUUCAAGACGUUGAUUAGAAUUGUUUAG